GCUGACCUGAACACGCACGAACCCUAGCCGGGUAGCCGUCCCUUCUCCUCCCCUCCCCUUCCCUUCCCCCGGUGGAGGAUUCUAGUUGGACCCCUCGCAAGGCAAAAGGCACGGUGGCGCCGGGGGCCGAGCAGCUGAGCAGGCAUGGUGGUGGGCAAGAUCGCCAUCGUCAUCGGCUCCGGGGUCAUCGGAUCAAUACUCGCGGGCGGUGAUUCCAGCCUUCCCAACUUCAGGGAUGUAGUCUCCAGUGCUUUCAAGUUCAUGACCAAGAACGCAAAGCAAGGCAAAGAUGUGCCAUCUACCAGCAGUCCGCAUACCGCACAGUUGUUAACUCAGGUCAAUUAUCUAAGAGAGGAGCUGCAAAUGUUGUCCAAAUCACAUCAUGUUGCUAUUGUCACUGUUGAUGGUAGACCUGGCCCUGGUGCUUAUGGUAUAACAGCUGUUGUUGUUGGAGCUAUUGGAUAUUUAUUCAUAAGAUGGAAGGGGUGGAAACUUUCUGAUAUGAUGUUUGUGACAAAGCGUGGUUUAUCUGAUGCCUCUAAUGUAGUGGGUAAACAAGUGGAUCAGGUUUCAGAAAAUGUUAAUGCUGCAAAGAGACACCUUGCUGGAAGGAUUGACCGUGUAGAUUGUAGUUUAGAUGAAUGCCAAGAAAUUUCAGAAGCCACAAGGAAAGAGGUUACAAUCAUCCAUGGAGAUCUCAGUGCCUUCCAGAAGGAAAUGGAAACAGUUCAUCUUGUAGUUCGUAGUCUGGAGACAAAGCUUGGACGCCUUGCUUAUACUCAAGAUCGUACAACACGAGGAAUAUAUGACUUGUGUGAAUUCACUAAAAGAUUGGAUCAGAGUCCAAAAGCUGAUACUCGUCAGGUCGCAUCAUCAACUCCUUUUCCUGCUAUUGAAUCUUCAGAGAGAAUUUCUAGGGCUGCUUCUUUGCCUCUGGCUUUGGAACCAGAGUCUCCUGCAGCACAGUCACCUAGAACAGAGAUACCGAAGGUUGUGCGUUCAUCUACAACCAUGUCAGCAUCAGGACUGAGUAUGCUAGUUGGAGCUUCAAUGCCACCUAAAAGAGAUCAUCAGGGUGUUUUUAGCAGAGCAAGUUCUAUGAAGGAAGGAUCCUCAGAGUUACCGAGUGGGGCGCCAAGCUCGACGGAACCAAGCCCCAGGAGACCUGGUAGUUCAACCCUGCUUGGAGCGCUUGGUUUUCUAAGGAGCACCACCAGCUGAGACGUAUGUGCUCGGAUAGAUAGUGUUUUUAUCCAAAGAGGUCAACAUCUAUCUAUAUGUUAGGUUAGUAGAAACCAGGGCACUUGCCGAAAGGACGGCUCCCUUUUUCCAAUUGGGAAUACAAAUUUUUGUAGGAUGUAAUGUCUUGCAGAGCAGCGCCUUGACGUCAAGGAUUACAACGCAAUUUGAAUUAUACUCUCUUUAGGCGCGGGAAGAGAAACAUGAUGCCCUGUGACAGUAGUUGCUGCUGUCUGGGAAGGGCUGUUUGUAUAUGGUAGUGGACGAUGAUGUUGUAAUUUAACGGUGGUAAGGUAAUGAUACAGUUAUACAUGCUGGCAAAGAACAGUGGCAAGUUGCAACUA